GGCUAAAUAUAAUCAUAUGUUGGGAUAUUUUCAAUUUGACAUUUUUCUUUGCACAUUUUGAGGGUUAGUUUUACGCAAUUGCCUGCAUUCUUUGUGAAUCGUCUAAGAAAAUUAAAAAAUUUUCUGGAAAUUAAUAAAAGAUUAUAUUAUUGUUCUGGUUUAAUUCACAAGUAAAACUAUAAUCCGGCAUCAUGUCUGCAUUGCGUGCGGUAUGUCAAGCUAGCGGUGUGACCUCUUCAGUAUUGGGCAGAUGUUCUUCGGUACGUCGUGCUCUUAGCACUGCCCGUUUGGUGCGCUUGUCCCAAGGUACACCAGCUGCCUUGUUGCAAUUGCAACGUUUUACUCCCAUGUCUGCCACCACUCAAGGAUUCCAGCAAUUUGUUCGUGAAUAUGCCAACGAAAAGAAGGUGUUCGAACGUACUAAGCCUCACUGCAAUGUUGGUACUAUUGGUCAUGUAGAUCACGGUAAAACCACCUUAACUGCUGCCAUUACCAAGGUAUUGGCUGACAAACAAUUGGCCGAAAGUAAGAAAUACAAUGAAAUCGAUAAUGCCCCCGAAGAAAAGGCUCGUGGUAUUACUAUUAAUGUAGCUCAUGUUGAAUAUCAAACUGAGAACCGUCAUUAUGGCCACACCGAUUGUCCCGGUCAUGCUGAUUACAUUAAAAACAUGAUUACUGGUACUGCCCAAAUGGAUGGCGCUAUUUUAGUAGUAGCCGCUACAGACGGUGCUAUGCCUCAAACCAGAGAACAUUUAUUGUUGGCUAAGCAAAUUGGCAUUAAUCACAUUGUUGUGUUCAUUAAUAAAGUCGAUGCUGCCGAUCAAGAAAUGGUUGAUUUAGUAGAAAUGGAAAUCCGUGAAUUAUUGUCUGAAAUGGGUUAUGAUGGUGAUAACAUUCCCGUGAUUAAGGGUUCAGCCUUGUGUGCCUUGGAAGAUAAGAGACCCGAAAUUGGCUCUGAAGCCAUUUUGAAAUUGUUGCAUGAAGUUGAUAACUUCAUCCCCACCCCAGCUCGUGAAUUGGACAAACCCUUCUUGUUGCCCGUAGAAAAUGUUUACUCCAUUCCUGGACGUGGUACUGUGGUUACUGGUCGUUUAGAGAGAGGUGUUGUCAAGAAGGGCAUGGAAUGUGAAUUCGUAGGCUACAAUAAGGUAUUAAAAUCUACUGUUACCGGUGUUGAAAUGUUCCAUCAAAUUUUGGAUGAAGCUCAAGCUGGUGAUCAAUUGGGCGCUCUUGUCAGAGGUGUUAAACGUGAUGAUAUCAAACGUGGUAUGGUUAUGUGUAAACCCGGCAGUGUUAAGGCUCUCGAUCAAUUGGAAGCUCAAGUUUAUAUCUUGGCUAAAGAAGAAGGUGGUCGUACUAAACCCUUCAUGUCUUUCAUUCAAUUGCAAAUGUUCUCACGUACCUGGGAUUGUGCUGUGCAAGUUCAAAUACCCGACAAAGAAAUGGUUAUGCCCGGUGAAGAUACCAAACUUAUUUUACGUUUAAUACGUCCCAUGGUUUUGGAACAGGGUCAACGUUUCACCUUGCGUGAUGGUAAUCUUACCUUGGGUACCGGUGUUGUUACUAAAGUUUUGCCACCUUUGUCCGAAAGCGAACGUGCUUCUUUGACUGAAGGCAAAAAGGCACGUGAGAAGAAACAAGUGGCUAAAAAGUAAAUCUUAAGAGUAGUAAAUAAAACUUAUCCAUAAUAUAAGAAUUUACAAAUUACUUUUUUUUUCUUUUAAUUUUUUAAAAUUGUUGUAAAAACGAAUUAUUUCCUAUUGGCAAUUGUUAAAUUUACGUUUUUUAAUAGCAGCAUUUGUGUGGUAUGUUACGCGUUGGCCUUAAUUUUUCUGGGGCUCUAAACAAUAGAAACGUUUUUUUAUUAUUAUUUCUUUAUAUUAAGUAAUAAUUGAAUUAUUUUUUCUUUCUUUGUGAAAUUAAAAUAAAAAUUUAAACAAACAGAAAAUCUAA